AUGAAGAAGUAUUUUGGGAUAGGAGGUGGCCGUAAAGAGAAGAAGGGAACCCACGAGAUCGACAGGCGGCGAGAGGAAACAAAACGAGAAGAGGAAAGGCGGGAGGAAGCAAAACGAGAAGGGAAUGGUCGCGAGGAAUCAAGACGAGAAGAGAAGGCUAACGAGGGAUUUGACGGCGCCGAUGCUUUGGACGUUGCGGAAGAGUUCAGGGAUCACGAAAGAGAACGUAAGCCAGAGGGUCACGAAGUCGAGGGUCCAGCCACGUCUAGCCACCAUUUCGACCGCAAUACCAACCACUCCGGAGACGUUGUAUCUUCGAAGACUCCCCAGCCCGCUGGUGAUACGGUCAUCCACAUUGUAGAACCGAAGAACACUACAUGGUUCCCCGUAGAACUGCUAAGCGCAGAUGGCACCUCCAAUUAUCUUAGGAAUAUAACAAACCGCAUGCACGAAACAACGGUGCAGUUCGCAUACGUUAUCAACAAGCCGGCCCCCAAAUGGAGAAUCACCGAUUUCAAGGACAAACCUUGGAUGGUCCCUGGCAUAAUUCACGGACAGAAGGAGGCCAUCUCUGGAAUAAUGAAUGGGCUCAAACAAGUGAUGGCAGCGGAAGGUAUUCAGCCUUCAAUGAAUGGGGUGGGAAGCGAGAAGAAGAACCUGAUUGUCACUUUUGGGGAGAACAACUACAAAAACCAAGGCAAGCUAGUCGAUGCACUUGGUGGAAUCUACCUAGAUCAGGGUGCCGUAGCGAUGUACAACAGACUCGAAGCCAUCUCCUUCUCUGACACGAAAUCUGUUCAGAGCCAAUACCUGAACCAAUGGCGAAUUUGGAAGUUGUGCGAUCGAGUCAUGGACAACUUCAUAUCCGAACACAUGGAAGCGACCGAGCCACCAUCGAACCCCGGGCACUUGCACAUCCCAAGCCAGCCAUUCCGGAGUGAAAGCAAGUACGACAGUUCUAACCCAUUCACCAGCCGCGACCGGGAAACUAUCUGA